CCUCAUGUCAGGGAACAUGGCAGCAGGAAACAGGCAUGGCUUUUGAAAGUUCAAACCCACCCCCAGUGUUAUACCCCCAACAAAGCCACACCUCCUGAUCCUUCCCAAACAGUUCCACCAACUUUGGGGAUCACUCAAAUUUAUGAGCCUACAGGGGUUAUUGUCAUUCAGACCACCACAGAGUUCCAGUUGGUAACUUGGGGACACAGUCAAACCCCAAAAUAGAAGCGAGCACCGCUAAGCUUGGCCAUGGUGGAACAUGCCUAUCAUCCUAGUGCUGGGGAAAUGGGGCAGGAGGAUCAGGGUUGUUCUUGGCUUUACAGGAAGUUGUAGACUAGCCUGCACUAUACAAGACCCUGUUAAACAAAACCUGGCAUCCAUGGAUAGUGUCCUAGGUCCCCACGGGGGAGGGGUUCAGAAGAGGUUUGCUCUCCCUGGUUCACUGCGUAGCCCUCCUUUCCCAACUUCCUUCUAAGGAUCUCUUAAAGUUCUUCAGGAGCUGCCUCUGUGUGGCAGAAUGUGCUCAUUCCCCCAGUGAGUACUACCAGAGGGGACAAGGGACGAGGCGUUCGACUUCCUGGGGUGACUGGGACUUGGGGUGUGUGGGUUGUCUGUUCCUAGGUGGUCCAAAGCCCACAAUCUCCUGUGCCAGCAAAGGAUACAGAAAUUCCAGAUAGCGCAGGUGGUUAGAGACUCUACGGCAAUGCUCAGGGAGGGAUAUAAGACUUUCUUCGACACACUCUACCAGAACAACAUCCCGCUUUUCAUCUUCUCGGCGGGCAUCGGGGAUGUCCUGGAGGAAAUUAUCCGGCAGAUGAAAGUGUUCCACCCCAACAUCCACAUUGUGUCUAACUACAUGGAUUUCAGUGAGGAUGGUUUCCUGCAAGGCUUCAAGGGCCAACUCAUCCACACCUAUAACAAGAAUAGCUCCGUGUGUGAGAACUCUGGUUACUUCCAGCAGCUUCAGGGCAAAACCAACAUCAUCCUGCUUGGAGACUCCAUGGGGGACCUCACUAUGGCUGAUGGGGUCCCUGGGGUGAAGAACAUUCUCAAGAUUGGCUUCCUAAACGACAAGGUGGAGGAGCGGCGGGAGCGGUACAUGGAUUCCUAUGACAUUGUGUUGGAGAAGGACGAGACGCUGGACGUGGUCAACGGGCUGCUGCAGCAUAUCCUGCGCCAGGGGGACUGCAUGGAGCUACAGGGCUCCUAAGUACGAAGACUCAGGCCAGGUCCUGCAGGCAGUGAGGAGGGGGAAUGCCUGCCCACGAAGCCUCCUGUGUGAGCGCCGAGAGAAGUCCAGGGCAGCCGAGAGCUGCUGGGCCCUCCUCACUCUGACUCCUUCCCUAGGCCUUUGCCUUCCUCCUGCUAGCAAGAGGCUCGAAGGAGGCCCUGCCUGUCGGAGGGGAGGGCAGCAAGUGUGCUUCCAAGUGAACUGGGGACCACAGCAUGUUAGCCUUCUACGGACCAUCUAGUCCAAGGGCUCGUUCUAAGACAGUUUUCAGAGCUGGGAAUACAGACCACUCAGUGGCGAAGCACCUGUCUAGCAUGUGGCAGACCCUGGGUCUCUUCCCUAGCACUGUAAAAGAAGAAAAAGUAAAGCUGUACA